AACUCACUAUUAAAAUUUGUUAAAAAUAUCAAUUGUUUAGUAGUGCUCCUAGCGAGCGGUUAAAGAAGCAGUGCGCCCAGUACAGUACAUAGCUGGAAAUAUAUAAAUUUCGUAGUGACGUGAUAAUACAAGAAAUUUAUUUUACUUUCACACUUCCAACACAAUUAAUUAAAACUGCAGACGGUAAAAUAACAAGGGACAGUUCCCACUACUGCUCCAGUGGUCGGCAGCUGUUACACACGCACAUUACCUUAAACUCAACCAGCUGAUUUUGAUUUGCUUGGCUGUGAAACUGGCAGUUUGUAAACAAAGUGUUAUCAACGCAACAAAUCCACUCCUACCUACACUUGCUUCACAACCAAGAAGUUAUCCGCAUUUCCUUUUAUGCUCCGUUCGACUUUGCGCCAGUCAAGAAGUCACAUUGCUUCCCUCGUGGUGAGUUAAUAAAAUUGUACAUGAAAGGAGUGCGCUAGUACAGGAGGACAAAAUGAAUAUAGACACAUUGCGAAAUGAGUGGGACGAACUCACCAAAGAGUACAAUGAACUCGAGGAUUGCAAUCGCCGAUAUAUUGAGUUGCUGGAACAACUCCACAGUCAUCAGCAGAAAUGUUUCAACGAAAUAAAACAUCAGCGUUAUCGGAUGAAUCAAAUUACAGCUUCACUAAAGCAAUGCAAAACAGCUCAAACGCCGGAAGAGAAGAGCAAAGUGGAGGAAUUGAAUAAAAACACACUGAAGCGUAAAGCGCAGAUACACGAAAUCGAACAGUCAUUACCCACCAAAUCGGGAUUAUAUCUCAAGAUCAUUCUCGGCGAUGUCAACGUAUCAAUUUUGAACAGAAACGACAAAGUUCGCUAUAAAGAUGACUAUGAAAAGUUUAUUAAAUUAAUACUCAACGUAAUUGGACUGUUAAUGGCAUUUCUCAAUUUGAUAUUCAACUACAGGGCCCUCGAACUGGCUUACAUAUUCCUGCUGGUCUGGUAUUACUGCACCCUCACCAUACGUGAAUCGAUACUCAAAGUGAAUGGAUCGCGCAUCAAAGGCUGGUGGCGAGCGCAUCAUUUCAUCUCAACCGCCGCUGCCGGCGUAUUGCUCGUGUGGCCGCAGGGCGAGCACUGGCAGCUGUUCCGCACACAAUUCAUGUACUUCAAUGUCUAUAUCAACAUUGUGCAGUAUCUGCAAUUUGGCUACCAAAAGGGUUUGCUCUAUCGACUGAAGGCGCUCGGCGAACGUCACAACAUGGAUAUCACCAUUGAGGGUUUCCACUCGUGGAUGUGGCGUGGCCUGAGCUUCUUGCUACCAUUUCUAUUCGGCGGCUAUACAUUCCAAGCAUACAAUGCAUGGACGUUGUACAAAUUGACAACGUAUCCACCGGGAGCACCGUGGCAUGUGUCGGUGAUGUGCGGCUUCUUCCUGCUGUUAUUCAGCGGCAACAUUAUCACCACACUGUUGGUGGUGCCCGAGAAGAUACGCGAACGUGCCAAGGAACGCUAUCGCCUGCAAUCCAUGGGUACAUCGAUGAAAUUGCGCAAAAUGAUGAGGAAUAGCAUCAGUGAAACGGACAUUUCCAGCCAGCAAUUGCUAGCCAAUAAUAAACUAGAAAACUCUACCUCCUUCCAAAACAUAGGCGAUGCAGCAGAGCAAACAACAACAACAACAGGAACAGCAGCAACAAUAGAUACGACAACAAAAACGUCAUCAAUUAGCACCGGUAAUGCAAUCACACCAGCAGAUGGUGAGGUCAAGCAAAACCAACACAAAGCACAACAGCAACAACAACAACCACAACAAGCACCCGAGCAGGAUGUGGAAUUGACGAAACCAGAGGAUAAGAAGACCAAUUAAAAAAUGUGGCAGCUCCACCAGCCCGAGCAGCGGUGCAGUGUGCUUGGGUUCUUUCAAUUAAGUGAAACCUGAUAUUUUCAAGGUUUGAUUAGUACACAAAAUGCAGAAAAAAAUUCAAUAACUAAGGAACGAAAAGAGAUUGAAGGAAAUUUCAUACAUACGUACAUAAAUACAUACAUACAUAUGUACAUAAGUGUAGUGAAGUAAAAACAAAAAAAAUUGAACAUUUUCAGAAAAUAUAUCAAAAUGGAUUUUAUUAUUUGUGAUUUACCAGAAAAUGCUCAUAUAAAAGCCAACAACAACAACAAUUUUUAAUAAGAGCAAAAUGUGGCGUCUUUGAAAGCGGCAAAUGUGUUGCAUUGUUACUAUUAACCCCCUAGUAGUAGACUCCCAUUAAUUUUAUAAAUACACAAAAACACUUUUCAUUUAAUAUUAGUACUAAAAAUAGCGAAAAAUAUCAAAAAAUAUAGAAAAUGUAUGAAUUGUAUUUUUAA